AUGUCCCUAAUAAUAAACAACAAAGUUUUUGUCUGGAAGCACAUCACUUGAACAAUGUUCGAGAAAAAAACUGAUAAAAACAAACAGGAACAAAAGCCUCGAGAUGAUGGUAUUGAAUUGGAGAAUCAAUAUAUUCUACGUCUUCCCGAAGAGGUGGCCAAGGCGUUGAGAGAAGCAGUCAAUUCACCCAACUCAAAUCUAAAAGAUCGCAUGACAAUACAAUUGGACAAUGAUUUGCGCUAUGGUGAGGUACGGUUUGACCAUUGGUUGUUGCAUGCCAAGGUUGUGGAUCUCCCAACCAUAAUUGAGUGCCUCAAGACCAUAGAUAACAAAAGUUUUUACAAAUCGGCAGAUAUUUGUCAAAUGAUGAUUUGCAAAGAGGAACCCCAUGAUCUGGACAAGGAAGAAUCCCCUAACAAGGGAAAGAAAAAAGAUCCAAAUAAGGUAGAUAAAAAGUUCUUGUGGGCCCAUGGUAUAACGCCGCCAUGCAAAAAUGUGCGCAAACGUCGUUUCCGUAAAACGUUGAAAAAGAAAAAUGUGGAAGUUCCCGAAAUUGAGAAGGAAGUAAAACGUCUAUUACGCAUAGACAAUGAUGCCGUUAAAGUUGAAUUUGAAAUUAUCAACGAAGAUCUAUCCAAGUCAACGGAUUCUCAAUUGAAAGAUAGCAUGGAGGGUGAAGAAGAAUUUAUGGAUGAUACUAUGAAUGAUGGUGACAAGGGUAACAAUGAUUCGUCGUCGCAAAAGGAUAUUAAUGUCGAGUCGGAUGGUGAUGAUGAAGAUGGUCCAUCGGGAUCGGUACCCUCAGGACAUUUGGGUGUGGGAGAACAUGAUAUCUUUGGUGAAGAAGUAUCCUCAUCUGACGAUGACGAAGACAUUGAACGACACGAUAACAGUCGUAUGCAAGAUAUGGAUGAAACAUCACGUAUGUCGGCCGAUGAUUCUCGCAUGUCCUACUUCUCUGUGGGUGGCGGCAAUAACACGAAUAUGAGUGCCAAGACUGGUGGUCUUAACACUUCCAAGGAUGAUUUGAAUGAUUAUAGUAAAUCAAUAUUUGGCAGUCCCAAACAGGGCGAUGAUGACAACUCCAAAUUUGGUGGUUCAAAUUCGAACUUGGCUGGUGUUGGCUAUUUUGAUGAUCGCAAACGUACACUAUCCGAUGAUGAUUCAUCUAAUGAUGCUACCCCACAAAUGAGUGUCGAUCAGAUACAAGCUAAAAUUUCUGAAUUACGUGGUCAAUUGGAUGACAUCAAGGCCCAGCAUACGCAGAAGGCGAAGGAAAUAUCUUCAAUACAAAAUCCAACGCUGCGACAAAGAAUGCAAGACACAUUGGAUAAUUUGGCAAGUCAGAUGGUGGAAAAAGAAUUGGAAAUUAAAGAUUAUGAGAAUAUGCUGUAGAUGGAAUAAUAGUAGUUAAGGGAGGGAGGGAGUAGAAAUAUAUGAUCAAUCGUUGCGUUUUAAGAUUCGAUAAUGUGUAAAUAAAUUAUAUAUGUAUUAAUAA